GAUUGUUAAGUAAAGGUGGCUAUGUUCUUGCCCAUUUACCCACGUGCUUUGGGGGUGUAUGAAAUGUCAAUGGCAGCUUGCUGAAUAUAAAUAAGAAGAAAAGUAGAUAUUUAAGGUUAAGAAGGUUAUAUUUGUUUUUUUGUUUUACAGUUACAGUUUACAAAAAUAUGAAAUCCUAAAUUAGGAUUUAACAGGAUUCCUAAUUUCCCGAUGUGUGCAAUGGUCAGCAAAAAUGACAUACCUAUAGAUAUUCUCGAUUUAUUUCGAGAUAAAAAGUUAGUGAAAAUAUGUGCCCCCAUGGUACGCUACAGCAAAUUACAAUUUAGAAACCUAGUUAAACUGUAUAACUGUGAUUUAACAUUUACUCCUAUGAUUUUGGCAGAUUCUUUUUGUCAAAGUGCAAAAGCCAGGAGUAAUGAAUUUACCACAAAUUCUUUAGAUACUCCUGUUGUUGUACAAUUUGCAUCAAAUACUGUGCAUGAUUUCGUAGGUGCAGCAUAUUUAGCAUCUCCACAUUGUAAUGGAGUAGAUUUGAAUUGUGGUUGUCCCCAGAGAUGGGCAAGAGAGCAGGAAUUGGGUUGUGAAAUGUUAAAGAAGCCAGAAUUAAUUUAUGAUAUGGUUCGCCAAUGCAGAAAUCACGUUUUGAAACCUUUCACUGUAAGUGUAAAAAUGCGACUGCUGUAUGAUGAAAAACAGACCGUUAAUAUUUGUAAACAAUUAGAAAUGUGUGGUGUUAGUUUUUUAACUAUUCAUGCCCGUACUCCUUACCAAAAUGUGGGCGAUAUUAAUAAGGACACUUUAAAGUUAAUAAACGAUACUUGUUCUUUACCAGUGAUAGCUAAUGGAGGUGUGACAACAUUAGAUGAUUGUUACAAAUUACAAGAGUAUACAGGAUGUAAGGGUGUAAUGGUUGCGAAUGGUAUCCUGACCAAUCCUACAAUAUUUACUGGAAACUUAGAAACAACUCUGGAUUGUAUACAAAACUGGUUAGAUAUUUGUUAUAAUAGUACUUUGACGAUGGAUCAAUAUCUUAAGGAAAGCAACAAGCCUAGUCAAAUGAUUCAAGAAAAACCAUAUAAUUUAAUAUAUCAGUGCUUUCAUCACCAUUUAGUGUUUAUGUUAGAAAGGAUAUUGCCAAGGAAGCAAAAGAGAUACUUUAAUAAUUUAAAAACUUUUAAAAGUGCUUUAGAAUUUUUAGAUGAUUAUUUUCAUUUAAAACCUAGAUUAUUUGAACUUGAGAAAUAUUUACAAUAUACAAAUUUUAAUAUAGAUUAUUCAGGUAGGGAAUUGUUAUAUCAAAAUUUAAAACCAGAUAACUUGACUACAAAUGAAGAUUUUAACCUAUAUAACUCAGAAAACACAGACGGGCAGUAUUUUACAUCAAAAACUAACAAUGAUACUUGUGAUUGGUCAGACAUAUUUCUUGAAAAUGGUUAAUGUAUAAUGUAGUUUUAGUUUGGAAUACAAUAAAACAAUUGUAUAACAAUCAAUGGUUAUAUAAAGGAAGAAGUAUAUCCUGUCUGGUGAUAUUUAAGGUUUCUUGUAUCUGAUCAAGGGGCUACUAUUCUAUUACAAUUUCUCUACUGACAAAAGUAAAAUUUUAACAUAUGACUUAGCAUUAUGCAUUACUUUUUAGUGUUGGUAGGUAUAGUUGUUCCAUUAUAUCUUUGCACAAAUAUCACGAUUCAUUUUUGAACAAGUUAAAUCAAAACAUUAAGUGAAAUGUAUGUUGAUAUGUAGUUUGAUAUGUACUGUCAAUGUAAUAAUUAGGAAAUGGCUAUUAUCAGUGGAUGUAUUUUAUGAAGUUAUAUUGUACAUUUAUAUUUAACUAUGUUAUAAUAUAUUUAACACAAUAUAACUUUAUAAAAGAAACACAAUAAAGUUAUAAAUUCCAAUAAAAACAAUAAAUGCACUAAUGUCACUGUCACUGAAAAUAAUGUAGAUCAAAAUUCAUAGUAAACAAUGUAUCAAAGACAGGAGGUGUUUUUUCUUCUUUUUUUGCCUUUGGGAACUGGGCCCGUUUAGCCUGCAACACUUCUUAAAAUCAAAUCCAAUCGAACAAUCAAGGGUAGGAAAGGGAAAAAAAACUUCGCACCAUGUCGUUCAGGGUGACUAACCACAGACUAAGUAGUAGGGAUACAGGGUAUUAUUAAUUUACAUGACUAAUUUUAUGAUCUAAAGUUUCAAUUUACACGACUUAACAUAAGUAAUCUAGAAAAAUCCUAAAGAUUGACGGUUUGUUCAAAGCUAGUAAGUUCAUCAGAUUAUAUGGGGGAUAAACGUUUUCUUGCAAUAGCUGCAUAUUCAAUAGAUUUCUUUGUGUUACCUGCAAAAAAUAUAUGAUCAGUCACUUAUUGUAUUGCAAUUUUUGCACAAAUCCGACUGUAUAACAUUGAUUUAAUAUAGAUGUGCGGGAUAACAGGCAUGGCCAAACUUUAGUCGAGAGAUAGUAACAAUAUCGUGUCUUGAAAAAUCUAAAUUUUUAUGCCAAUAAACUGACAGGAUUUUCGGAUGUAAAAGAGUAUACCUUGACGGACAAUUUAUACAGUACUAAUUCCAUUGAAGUUUCCAGUUAUCAUGUAGUCUGGUUUUACUUAUGGUUAUACAUUCUUGAAGUCCAAUAUCAUUCAAUGUUUCCUCGCCACUGAAAAUGCUGUCUUUUGCCAACUGAUCUACUUUUCCAUCUAGUGCCAAUUUCGUAGGUGAUGUACCGGUGAAAGGUGAAGAGGUUCUCGUCCAGUACAUCCCAAUCCCUGAUCUUCUUGGCAACACCACCGCUAGCUAUGGUGACAUCUAUGUGGCUUUUCGAUGUACCCCUCACAAAGGUUGGUUUUCCAUUGUAUAUAGCACUAUGCGGUCCGUCGCGGAGAUCCACUCAUUCCAAAGUUCACCCCUCUCGUCAUUUCGGGGGGAUCCCCAUAUAUUGGACUGCAAUUAUGUCUCCGGCUGGCUACUAAGAAAUGUUUCUCCCUCUGUGUCGUGUCUAUUAUAUUCUCCGCGUGCUGUUUGUAACGCUCUCUAGUAAUAUUCAGGGAAAUAUAGCACGCUAUUAGGUGCUAUUGUGGUUAUUUUGUCGAUUUUUAUUGUUACAUACCAGGGUUGCAAAAAAACAUGUUUUUUUAAUUUUAUACAAAACACAUGUUUUUUUUUGUCUUAAACGUUUUUUUCUUGUUUUAAACAUGUUUUAUUUUGUUUUUAAAUUUUAUGUUUUAAACAAAUAAAACAUGUUUAAAACACGUGUUUUUUUAUUAUAAAAUUUAUGUUUUAAACAAAUAAAAUGUAGAAAAAACACUGUUUAAAUCAUAUUUUCUUAUAUUAUUUAUAUAUUUAAAACAUAAUAUUAAUAACUUUGAUUUUAACUUUUCUUUAACCUAAUAGAUAAUAAAACCAAUUGCAAUUAGGAGUUAUUGCCUGGGAUACUCCAGACUAUUUACUAUGUAUUUAUAAAUUAUCAUUGCAAGUUGGCUAUUGUAAUAACGCCUAUUGUAAGUUAUUUUGUGGUGUUGAGUAUUUUUUUUAAAUAGAUAUGCAAAUGGCAAAUUUUUGUACAUGAUACGAAGGAGCUUCGAGGAGUGUAUGGAAAUGGCUUUGACCCCGGUUCAUUUUUGGCAAAUUUGCUUGAUAAGUGCUUUAGUGGAAAUAAACCUAAAAUCCAUCUAUUAUAAAUUAUCAUCCAGGAGCAUUGCCAAUUAUUAAUUACCAGGCAAAGUGUGUACCGUUUAAACCAUAAACGUUUUCUAAACAUUUAAUUUAGAAUGUAAUACCACAGACAUGGUGGCGUUCUAUGAAAAAUAUAAAUACUACAGCAUUGGAACUUGCUCAACAGCUCCACACAGCUUAUAAUUCAUCGUCAGCCAACAUGGAAAGACUCUUCUCCUCAACAUACGGUUUACCAUUCCAAACUACGUAAUCGGCUAGGCAAUGUCAAAGCUACUAAGUUGGUUUUGGUUUUAAUUUUUAAAGAACUUAAUUGCAUCAGUGAUGACGUGAUAUCAGAUUGAUAAUAAUUUUAGAUUACAAGAUUACUAAGGCCGCGUCUCACCAUCAAAUAAUUUGAUCAAACAGUUUGAGCAAACUUGACGUACUUAAGGAAGUACGUCAAAGUGACGUCACAAUUGCAGUUUUUUUUGAAAUUCUAAAAAUCUGUGCUCUCACUAUCAGUCUAGUUUGAUCAAAUUUUUUGUAUUGAGUUGUCUAACUUGUUUGUACUUUAUUUAAAAUUAAAAUUUUUCAUUAUUAUCCACAAUGAACACUCAGGAUGUGACGUCACUAACUGUCACUUUCAGUUUGCUCAAACCAGUUUGAUCAAAUUAUUUGAUGGUGGGACGCGGUCUUCAAGACCGCAUCUGAGACUGGAGUUUUGAGAAAUUUAUUAACUCUUGUAUGUAAAAUGUUUAUAAGUUUUUCAAUCUUUGAUAAGUUUCGGUUAUUAAUAAAUAAAUAUGUAUGUUAAAAA